GCGAGGGACGUCAUCGGCGCGCGCCGCGCUCGGUCUGCGACCAUAACAACGCCUGAUAAACCUCACUGUUAUCGAUUUCAUUGAUAGCGCAAUAUCGAUCGGAUUUUAUUCGCACUGCCUUUAAGAUCCCGCACACAUCGUCCCUGAGAGCGACACAUGCGUGCAGAUUAGACAAGUACUUCCACACUGCCGGGAAUUCCAGCGUCUGCGUGUCGAUGAAGGAGUCCUAAACACAGAACGGGUGGAGAGGACCCCAGGAGGAAUGGGGUAGCGUUCUCGAUGAGGGUCCCGGCAGCAAACAGCUCCGUUAGGGCAGAGUCAGGCUCGGGUGAGAUGCCUGAGAAUGGACGCUCCAGGAGGAAACGGGUGCCGAAGACGUGCGACUGCUGCGGGCCCCACGGCGGGCCCCACGCGCUGAAGAAACGCGGCCGCAAGAAGAAAGAGAUGCUGAGCCAAGAAGAAGAAGAAGUGGCGGCGGAGGAGGUGGUGAGCUCGGCGGCUGUGGACUCGGUGGUAACUUUGGAAGCGGACGCAGCUUCUGAGAUGGAGGAGGCACCGUCUCCUGAAGGGAGGACUGAGGGUGGGAGUGAAAGCACCGUCCUGGUGAACGGCUUGGAGAACAGCGCUCAUGCCAACUGUACACAUCCCAGUGACAACACAGAGCUGAGCCGUUCUGCUACGCUGAAUGACUUAAGAAAGAAACCCGCCGAUUCAGAGCUGGACGUUUGCACUCACACUGAUGCCAUGGAAGCCGAGCCGUCCAGCUUGAGCACUAAUGUAAACAAGGCCUCCUGGGACCAUCACUACUGCAAGCCCCUCGCUGGGGAGAAUCAGAACCACUCCAGGGAGGAGACGGGCCAGCCGUCUGCAUCGCCUCCUCUCGAGUUUACAACUGAGGGAAUCAUCGAGUGGAUUCAUGAAUUCCUCGAGCAGUUCUAUGGGAAAUAUGGAAGCUUCACCCCAUUAAGUGAUACCGACGUCCUCGAUCACCUAAAUAAGACAUUUCAGUCUGAUCUAAAUGACAGGAUGAAGCUGAUAACAGCAGAAGUGGCCAAGUACAGGGCUGGUCUGGCCUGUGCUCCUAUGCAUUUCUUCCAAGUGACCUACAACAAGCACAGUUUGACCUUAGAUGACCUUUCAACACUUGAUGACCAAAACUGGGUCAAUGAUCAGGUGAUUAACAUGUAUGGAGAAUUAAUCAUGGAAGCUACAGAUCAUAAGGUUCAUUUCUUCAACAGUUUUUUUUACCGACAGUUUGUAGCAAAAGGUUAUGAAGGAGUGAGACGAUGGACCAAAAAGGUUGAUCUGUUUUCUAAGACACUGAUCCUGAUUCCUCUGCACCUGGAGAUCCACUGGUCGCUCAUAAUCCUGGACGUCUCCAAGCAAAGCAUCAACAUCUUCGACUCCCAGGGCAUCCUGUUCAAGUUCGCUGUGGAUAACAUCCUGAAGUACAUCCUGGCAGAAGCCAAGGAGAAGAAACAAGCCGUGUUUCAGAAGGGCUGGAAGAUGGUCAUCAACAGGACCAUUCCACAGCAGAAGAACGACAAUGACUGCGGGGUAUUUGUCUUGGAGUACUGCAAGUGCCUGGCGUUCAUGAAGCCGCUGCUCUUCACUCAAGAGGACAUGCCUCGCGUCCGCAAGAGGAUCUACAGAGAGCUGUGUGACUGCAGACUGUCCGGCUGUCUAAACCAAGACAAAGCCUCGUAGACUGGUGUCUGGAUGAUGAACGCAACAGGAGGGAAAGGACUUCACAGCAGGAAAGAGAAACCCAAAGUUCUGGACAGGCAAAGCUGGAAGGUCCCAAUAUAAGAGCCUGUCGGUUUGCUGGAAUUCUUCAGGUCACGUUUACCUCCUCGCAUUACAUCGGCGGCUCAGAAAGGCCUUUUCCCAGCCUCCUCAACCUUGAAUUUAACGAAGCCUGCGACAACCUCUCAGAGAACCAGGUGGCUGUUCAGAAACAAGCGAGAAAAUCCUCAGCUGUGGAGACGUUUUUCUGUUUUCCACAGAUUCAAAACCUCACGCACGUGUGGAUAUUUUU